AUGCUGCAGAUGAUGGCCAGAGCGGCUUUGGUGCUUGGGGUUUUACUUUUGGGCGCCGUCUUUGUCCUGCUGUGCCGAAGCCGCUUCUUUGCGUCCCGGAUGGAGAAGCACCCUCCGCAUGUGAUCGUUCUUGUCCUGGGCGACAUAGGGAGAAGUCCUCGAAUGCAGUAUCACUCGCUGUCAUUAGCCAGACAUGGCUGCGAUGUGACCAUCGUUGGCUACCCGGGAGCUGAGCCCAUGGCCGAGUUAACGAACAGCCGGAUACGCAUUCGGCAUGUGAUGCCCUUGGAGAUCUCAUGGCUUCCCUUCACACUUCGGGCUGGAGUAAAGGUACUGUCGUUGCUUCUUCGGUUGCUGGCACUGCUACUGCUUGCAACUCCACGAGCCGAUGUUGUUUUAGUGCAAAAUCCGCCCGCCAUUCCGUCGUUGCUCCUGGCGCGAGUCGCUUCAACCUUGCAGGGAGCCUCCUUCAUCAUUGACUUCCACAAUUUUGGCUACUCGUUACUGGCACUGAAGUUGGGAGCCCAACAUCCGCUUGUCAAGGCCCAUCGGAUAUACGAGCAGCUGUGUGGCCAGUUUGCAGAUGAUGCCUUCUGCGUGACAGCACAGAUGGAACGUUUCCUAAAGGAGCAGUGGAAUGUCGAUGCUCGACCGUUGCAUGAUCGACCUGCAAGCAUCUUCAGGCCAAGCAGCAUCGAGGAACAACACCAUCUCUUUCAGCGUUUGCGAGACAGUGGCAUGUUGGGGACGGUGGACGACUGGUGGCCGGAUGUUGAAGGUGAAACAUUGUUCACUGGCUGGAGCAGGUCUGAAGGAUACAGCAAAUCCUCCAGGCGACCAUCUCUCGUUGUUAGCUCGACCUCUUGGACUCCUGAUGAAGAUUUUGGGCAGCUUCUCGAUGCGCUGCCAGCGUUCAACGAGAACCUGGUUCAGGCAAAUGCGCGAGCUGUUCUGAUCGUGACCGGCAAAGGCGACCUGAGGCAACAGUUCGAGGAGCGCUUGCGCAGAAUGGCGCCACAGUUGCAAGCAGUCCGCGUCGUGACGAUGUGGCUUAGCUUUGCAGAUUAUGCUCUGCUGCUGGGUAGCGCCGACCUGGGUCUCAGUUUGCACAGCUCCUCUUCAGGCAUUGACUUGCCCAUGAAGGUCGUGGACAUGUUUGGGGCCGGUCUGCCCGUGUGCGCACGGUCCUUUGCAGCGCUGCCUGAGCUUGUCCAGCAUGGCGAGAAUGGAUUGGUGUUCAGUAGCACCGAGGAGCUUGCAGUUUGUCUGGCGCACGGGCUCGGGCUUAAAAGUGCAGCUGCAUCGCCCGAUUUGCCUUCAUUGAAAUCUCCGGCAGGAAAGUCCAAGCUCAACGCUUGGGAUGACAACUGGGAUGCGAUUGCCUGGCCUGUCUUCCAUGCUUAUGCGUCAAGAUCAACUGUCAAGAAGAUCAACUGA